AUGAGUUGCCCUCUCCCACGGUUGAAUUGUAUCUCGCUAGAGCUGUUUGGUUCAGUGGCUCUUGUCAAACUCAUACGACCUCAAAAUGGAAACUCUUUGAAUCACGAAACUUUCCAAGAUAUGCUGACUGCGACGCGCUGGGCUAUUGACAACCCGAAUGUGCGCAUUCUCAUUCAGACAGGCGAAGGCAAAUAUUUCACUACAGGCUUAGAUCUUCUGGACGCAAACUCCCAAAGCUAUGAUAGUAUCCUUCCGGAAGCGACGAUACAAGUGCUCGAUGCAUACCACAAACUCCUCAUCUCAACUGAUAAAAUCCUCAUUGCAGCAGUCAACGGACCCGGCGUGGGGUACGGGUUGACGAGCAUCGCGUUGUUCGACCUCGUGUACUCGGUGCCAGAGGCCUAUUUCUUUGUGCCAUUUGUAAAAUGGGGUUUGUGUGCUGAAGCUUGCUCGAGUUUCACACUUCCUUACGUCCUCGGACGUCAGCGAGCGUCUAAGUUGCUGUUGGCGCAAGACAGAAUCAGCGCAGAAGAGCUCCGAGGUGCUGGGUUGAUCUCAGAACUCGUCAAUGGUCACGAACUAAUGUCGGUGGUGAUGGAUACCGCCUCAAGGCUAGUGGAGUUACCCCCUGACAGUCUGAUUGUCAACAAAAGAUUGAUGAUGCUCCCACAUCGUGAAAGACUCUUGCAGGCAAACACAGCAGAAUUGAAGGCUUUACGAGAAAGGGUGAGAAGCCAUGAGGCAAAGUCUGCUAUCAAAGGUUUUAUCAAGGCACAGCGAAAUCAGAACAGCGUACAAUCCAAGCUCUGA